CGCGCUGUGAUUGGACAGCUGCUACGUCGUCAUCUUGAAUACAAUGUAGCUAGGUUGGUUCUUCCUUCUCUUUAACGUAGGUAUUAGUUUAAUACAUAGAUAAGUUAACGAUCUACUAAAUUAAUUAAUCGUUGUACAGGCCAUACGUUUAGUCCGUUUAAACAAAGCAUGCGCAGGGUGACGCUUUUUGUCAACGGAACCUCCAAAAAUGGCAAGGUUGUAGCUGUUUAUGGGACUCUGUCCGAUCUUUUGACAGUCGCCAGCAAUAAAUUGGGAAUCAGGGCUUGUAACCUCUAUAAUGGGAAAGGUGGACUCCUAGAUGACAUUGCUCUCAUCAGAGAUGAUGAUGUGUUAUACGUGUCAGAAGGAGAUGCUUUUAUCAGUCCUCAGAGCGAUGGAAAGACAUCAGAUGACAACUCAGGUUCGCAGACCGAUUGGCUGACGCUUAAUAUUGGUGGCCGGCUUUUUACAACAACUAGGAGUACUCUUGUGAAUAAAGAGCCAGACAGUAUGUUGGCAAACAUGUUUAGAGAGAAGAAUGUCUGGGGUAAUAAGCAGGAUGAACACGGGGCUUACCUCAUUGACCGCAGCCCGGACUACUUUGAGCCCAUCCUAAAUUACCUAAGGCAUGGCCAGAUCAUUGUCAAUGAAGGAAUAAACUUACUCGGAGUACUGGAAGAAGCUCGAUUCUUCGGAGUUGAGCAGUUGGCUGAACAGCUAGAGGUCGCCAUAAAGAACUCUCAUCCACCUGAAGAUCACUCUCCACUCUCCCGGAAAGAAUUUGUUCGGUUUCUGCUGGCUACGCCAACCAAAUCUGAGCUACGCUGUCAGGGUCUGAAUUUUAGCGGAGCUGAUCUUUCUCGGCUGGAUUUACGCUAUAUAAAUUUUAAGAUGGCAAAUCUGAGUCGUUGUAAUCUCACCUAUGCAAACCUGUGCUGCUCAAACCUGGAGAGAGCGGACCUAUCUGGAGCCAACCUGGAUGGUGCUAAUCUUCAGGGUGUGAAGAUGCUUUGCUCGAAUGCAGAGGGAGCGUCUCUGAAAGGUUGUAACUUUGAGGAUCCAUCUGGGCUGAAGGCUAAUUUGGAGGGAGCUAAUCUGAAAGGGGUUGACAUGGAAGGCAGUCAGAUGACUGGGAUAAACCUGCGUGUGGCUACCCUGAAGAAUGCUAAGCUAAAAAACUGUAACCUGCGCGGUGCUACAUUAGCAGGCACAGAUCUCGAGAACUGCGAUCUCUCAGGCUGUGAUCUACAAGAAGCGAACCUGCGUGGCUCAAACGUGAAAGGAGCUAUUUUCGAAGAGAUGCUGACUCCAUUGCACAUGUCCCAAAGUGUGAGAUAACCAAUUAUGUUGCUCCUUGCCCGACGACCUCACCAGCCAGCCACGCCUCCCCCCACUUCCUGUUUCACGCUCCGGUGGAACCGUAUGCAAUACAAUACUAGCACUUGAUUUGCUCCACCCCUUCAAUUUAAGCUUUAUUCUCCUGCACUAGUGCACAUCCACGGCCAAAAAAGGAAAAAGCUUCUUGUAGAGAUCACAAAUGUUUAAACAUCUCACCAAACCAAACCUAUUUGCUUUUAAGUUUUUGUUUUAUUUAUGGUUCGAGUUAAACCAUUGAUUUUACAGAAUGUAUACGUUUUGUGUUGUGUUUGAUUCCAGAUGAAGAAGUUCACAACCAAAUAUAUCUAACUAUGAUAAGGCUUAUAAUAGAGGCUUAUAUUGCCAUUGUUGCACAGCUUAUCGCAGAUAAAACAUACUCGUAGCGUUUGUAUAUAGAGUAGCAGACAGGUCUGGUUUUAAAUAUGCAACACAUAGCUCUUACAUGAUGUCCUUUCUCUCGUAUUUAAACACAAAGUGUUUUCUGUUCAUUGUUUCAUCUACCUCCCAUCCCGCUCGCCUCUUUUAUUAGUUUCACUUCACUUAAUGUUUUCGAAUCCAUGCAGUCAUGCAAAGACUUCAACCAAAAACACACCAAAAUUUGCUGCACACUUUCAGACAUAUUAACCCUUUGAUAACUGUGUAAUAGCCAUAGGUUAAUAUGCACAAUAAUUAACCAGUGGUGCCAAUAUGCUGGUUUACAUGAUUACUUUUUUAUCUAUGUGAAUGUUAUUUUUUCAACUCCUCGCUCUUUAACCCCCCCCCCAGCUUUAUAUAAUAUUGUUUGUUUUAGUUGUUGAACAUGUUGAUGCGACCAACUGUUGUUCAUUCAUACCAAAACGUUUUAAGUGAUGUUUCUUAUGUCAUUUUCUAAUCCGGUGCUUCCUUAAUGGUUAUCGUUGCGUUGAAUUUUGCAUAAUCCUACUUUUUUCUUCAAAUUGAACUUUGUGCACUCAUAUCCAAAGCUAAACUAUCAAUAUCUAAUUACACAUUUAGCUCUUAUAUAAAAUAAGGCUAAGUAGCACAUUUAUAACAUGCAAUUUUGGCCUUAGUGUUUCGCAUAUAUUGCAUCAUAGACUUUUUAAUAUCAGCCGACCUAUUUGCUGCAUGGUUUAAAUGAAAACCGAAACAUCUCAGUCAGAAAUGAUAGCGACAUUUAUUUGUUAUAUAUAUAUAUAUAACAUGCUGUUAUUUUUUCAUGUUAUUUUUCACAAAUGUUAUUGUAGGUACUAUAUCAAUCCUGUUAAAUGAAGGCAAUCAAAAUAGACUUUUGCACUUUAAGUGUGAUUCUCUAUGUAUAUCAGACCCUUGUGCAAAGGGUGCAAGCUAUUUAUUUAUGUAUCAGGCUGUAUUUAUGUAAGGUAUAGGUGAGGAUCCUAUUCAAUACUUACCUAACUCUCUUGCACUCACUCUAUUACGGAAGUAUAUUUCCAUAAAUAGACUGUUAUAAUCAAA